GACGUGUCGUCAGCUCCCUUCACUUUGACAGCCUUCGUCCGCCAUCAUGGGGCUGGUCACGAGCUAUUGCUGCGCGCCCGACGACGAGCCGCAUCUGUUUCGACGCAAACGUCCGGCAUUGGACAAGAAUGCCCGGGUGAUCCGCAUCGUGCUGGAGAAAGCGACGGACCUCCCGGCGUCAGAUCUGGAAGCGUUGGGCGGCAAGAGCGACCCGUACGUGUCGUUCCAGUUUGGCAAGCAGCGUCGACGCACCGACGUCAUCGACAACACUCUCAACCCGGUGUGGAAGCACCAGGAGUACGAGUUUGUCGUGUCGGACAUUGAAGUGGCGCAGCACAAGGUGCUCAAAAUCCGCGUGAUGGACUACGACGCCGCGUCGGCCGACGAUCUGCUCGGAGACCUCGAGUUCGACAUGACCCAGUGGGACGGGGCCACGCGCCUCGCCGACGCCAAGUUGCAGCCGUAUGCUCUCCGAACGCCGUCGUCGUUCGACUUCCAAAACGUCGCGCCCCACGUGCACAUGUCCAUCUGCUUCCUCUCUCCGUGGGAGGCGGCUGCGCGGCUGACGGAAGAGAUCUGGGAGAACGAGCGCUGGCUCACGACCACCCAAUCUUGGUCCAAGAACAACUUGACGUACGGAGACAAGCACGCGUGGACGUCCAGCAACGGCAAGCAGGCCGGCGCGGCGUUCAAGGAUGCUCUUCCCGACAUCCCCGACGGGUAUACGCAGGCUGGGCAGUGGCAGUUUGACAUUUCGCACGGAGACAGCAACGGAUGGGUGUAUGCGACGACGUUUUCAGGCCCGUGGCGCAAAGAGCGAGGCGCGCUGCACCGCGUGCGGCGCCGAUUGUGGGUGAACCACUACAACCGGAACCCCGAAACGGUGGCCCCUGCUGCGUUUUAACGACGUCGACUACUAUAAUUGCAUGGAUUGGGUGGAUU